CGAAAAGUAUGACAGAUAUUAUUAUAUUUUAUACAGAUAUGUAAAAUUUAUAAAUUUUUGUUAUUCAAACAAAACAAUAUACUUCUAAAUUUAUUUUAUUUAUAGACUUCUAGUACUUCUCUCCUUAAAAAUGGGUAGACGUAAAAGUAAAAGAAAACCACCAGCAAAAAGGAAAGCUAUCGAACCUUUGGACACGCAAUUUAACUGUCCAUUUUGUAAUCAUGAAAAGUCUUGUGAAGUUAAAAUGGAUAAAAGUAGAAACAUUGGAAAGGUAUAUUGUCGGGUAUGCCUUGAAGCGUACCAGACAACUACUAGUUUUCUAUCUGAACCUGUAGAUGUUUAUAAUGAUUGGGUUGAUGCAUGUGAAGCUGCUAAUUAAUAAAGGGUGACUACAAAAUUACAAUAAUGCCAGUCAAAAUCUAUACUACUCAACAUCAAUAAUUCUUAAAACAAAGAAGAAUUUUCUAAAUAAUAUUACAACUAGUUAAUUAUUAAAUACAACAUUCAAAUUCUUGAUUUUUAUCAUCUGUGUUCUUGUUUUUUCACAUCAAUCAAUACUGUAUGUUCCAAUCAAAAUGAAGAGCAGUGUAAUUUGGAAUAAGAUUGUUUAAGUAUCAUUUUAAACUUUUGUAGUCACCCUAAUAUCAAAUUGUAUGUAUAAUUAUGAUUAUUUCUAUAAAUAAUAAUGGACUUGAUAGUUGUAUAGUUCUAUAAAAUAAAAUAAAGGUAACAAUAUGUUAUUGGUUAUGUCUAAAUUUCAUAUGUUCAUAUAAGUGAUUUUUUUUUUUAUUAAUAUUAUAAAUUUGACCUAUUCAUAAAACUAUAUCUUGUACUAUUUAGAAAUCACUAAAUUAAUAAUUUAAAACUUAUGAGCAUGUGUUUUACUGUAUACCUGAAAACUAUUGAUUUAUUUUUGCAUAAAUAUUAAAGUUAUGUUA